UUAGGAAGUAUAAAAAUAUACCUGGAGUUCGAAGAGGAUUAAUGGGAAUCGAAGAGCUUGUCGGAGCGAUUGCUGAUUGGGAAAUUGGAAAUUCUAAUUCUGGAGUUACAAAUUGGUUGAUCCAAGGAAAGCCUUCGAAUAAUCCCAUCUUUGAACCCCUAUUUGAUGGCCAUGUAAUGGUGAUGUUUUACAACGGAGAACAAGAGAAGUUUAGACGUGAGUUAUUCUUUAAUUAA